UUGUGAAGUUCAUUAAAAUUAUUGCUUUGAAUGACAGUUUAUUGAUUAUUAUUUCACAAACUUGAAUAGUCAUAGAAGUUUUAUUUAUUCCCCGACCCGUAAAGACGAUGUAUUUUUUGCAGUGUUAAUAAUGAAAUGUUUCCUAUGCUGUAAAAUAAAAGAUGGUGCUGCAUUAAGGUAAAAGCGUGGCUGUUAUUUGUUUUAGUGGUAAUGGCGGUAUCAGUGAAUGAUUUCCUUCCAACUUUUGAACGUUUAACGAAGAAACCUGAAGAUUAUUUGAGUGUGCAGGCCAGUGUUGCCCCAGAUGUGAGGGAGUUCCUCAAGAGGCUGUAUGACUUUACAAAGUUUGUGGAGGAUGACCUACCGUCUGGUGAUGCUCUCCCAGAACUGAUUUUACAAGGCUUUGAUGAGGAGCAGAUCUGGCAGGAGUUAGAGCUGCAGAAUGAGGCACGGAGAGAUGGGCUGGUGGCCAACAUUGUGUCUCUUGUGGCCCACAAAGAUCGCCUCAAGUUUCCUAUCCAGCUGAAGAAUGGAGAGAGAGAGAGUGAUGAUGUGUGCAGUGGUGGGCAGCUGCAGGGCCGGGAGGAGGACGACAUCAGUCGAGACAGCCCGUCAUCAGUACCAGAAAGUGAGACAGACAUGUUGGCUGACCAGGGAUCUUCCAUCAGGAAACGGAAAGUACAGAAUUAUCCGUCCGUAGUGGAUGAUCAGUUCUUUAAGCUGAGUGAAAUGGAACAUUUCCUGGAGCAAGAGGACCGCCGUGAGGCUGGCCAGGACAGCAGCAGCGAUGAAUCUGUUGACUUCUUCCAACCAUCACACAGUGAUGCGGAUGAAGAGGCAGAGCAUCCGCACUACGUUGAAUUCUUUGAUGCACCACACGAAGAUGGAGAUGACCACGACCUCCAGCGUGAGAGUGAAACGGAGAGGAUGGAAGUGGAAGAGGAAGAUAAAGGUAGCGCAGAGGGAGAGACUGAUGAAGAGGAGGAGGAGACACAAGUCAAGAGAGUUCGGUUUAAUGAAAUACAGACUUCCGAUGUAGAAAAUGAUACAGUAGGAGCCAAGUCAAGUAUGGAGAUGAGACAGGAGCGUCUCCGAGCACGACUAGAUCAGCUGGAGGAUCAGGCAUUGGCUGAGAAACCUUGGCAAAUGAAGGGGGAGGUCUCCGCUUCUUCUCGACCACAGAACUCGCUGCUGGAGGAAGUUGUUGAAUUUGAUUUGACCACAAGACCAGCCCCGGUAAUCACGGAACAGACGACAUUGCAGCUGGAAGACAUUAUUCUACAGCGGGUGAAAGACCGCGCGUGGGACGAUGUCGAACGGAAAGUUAAACCUGUGGAGACCCCUAAUGAGUACAAGAAGAAGCUUGUUCUGGAUCAAGAAAAGAGUAAAUUCAGUCUGGCCGAGGUGUAUGAGCAGGAGUACAUUAAGCAGCGCCAAGCACAGGAAGCUGCAGGUGACGAUGGUCGUCCAGAAGAGGAGCCGCCUGAGCACCGCGUAGUGCGGACCAUGAUGUCAUCUCUGUUCUCAAUGCUGGACGCGCUUUCCAACUUCUAUUUUACACCUAAACCACCGGCACCAGAAGUAAAGAUUGUGAGCAACCUGCCUUCCAUCACCUUGGAAGAGGUUGCCCCUGUGGCCACAAGUGAUGCUGCCCUACUAGCACCAGAAGAAGUACGAGAACGACCCAAAGGGGAUCUCAUUGGCAAAGCUGAGCGUACCUCAUCUGACAAGAAACGGGAACGUCGACAGAAGAAGAUCAGACAGAGAGAACGGCAGCGUGAACGAGAGAAGAGGGAACGAGAUGUUGAGAAGCUACGGCCAGGCCUGGGGAACAAGUACAGCAAGGAGCAAGCGUUGCGAGACCUGGAGAAGGUCACAAAGAGCAGCAGUGUUACACAGGUUGUUGAGAAGAGUAAUGCGAAGGCUGUGCGGUCAUCAACAGCGUUCUUCAGCCGUCUACAAGAUGAGGUGAAGAGUCAUAUUAAAAUGAAGUCUUCAGGUGCCAACCCUGAUCAAAAGAAGAAUGUGAAGUCUGCUAAGAAACUGAAGUUGUGACUUGCGUCUUCAUUAGGCUCGCUGGUUGUGUAACAUCACGAAACUUAUAGCAGGUCUGUGACGUAGGCCAAACUUGUUGUUACUUUUGUAUGUAUAUUAAAUGACUUAAGUAUACUGGU